AUGCACUACUCAAAUUGUUUAUCCAUUUUAAUUGUAUCCAGUAUUGUAAUUCUGGGAAAAUGGAGUAAUGCAAGAGUGAUCUUUGAUAAUGAAUAUCGUGACAAUUUAGAAGAAGAAGAUAAAACUUUAUUAAAGCAGUUCAAUAAACGGCACGUAAAACGUCAAACUAUUUGUCCAACGCCGUAUCAUGUUCUCACUGCAGAUAAUCGAUGUGUUUGGAGUUGUGGUCAAGUUUGUCCAAAACCAUAUCAUGUUGUUACUUCGGAUAAUCGAUGUGUUUGGAGUUGUGGUCAAGGCACACAACCAGAUACCUCCACUAAUGAAUGUGUCUGUCAAGAUGGAUAUUAUGAAACUGGAACUGAUCAAUUUGGCAGAAGAGUCUGUACUAUUUGUCCAAAACCAUAUCAUGUUGUUACUUCGGAUAGUCGAUGUGUUUGGAGUUGUGGUCAAGGUACACAACCAGAUGCCACCACUAAUGAAUGUGUCUGUCAAGAUGGAUAUUAUGAAACUGGAACUGAUCAAUUUGGAAGAAGAAUUUGUUCACCAAAAUAA